ACCAAGGACAUAUUUACAUACGUAAUUUCAUUAAAUGAUCAACAAUUAAUGAUGAUCCAUUAUCUCAAUCGUUUAUUUAAAUGCAAUUUAGUAGACUUGACUUUGACAUUGUGACAUAGUUUCGCAUAUCUGAACCUGUUCGUCAAAAAUCACUUGAUAACCCUACUUGACUUAUCUUUCCUACAAAAUUUCAACGAAUUUCGGACCAUAUCUUUUUCAAGGAUUUACAAAUCAAGCACAAGAAAUGACUAUAAUGCCAGCUGAAAACGUUAUCAUUCCUCAAACUAACUUUACCCUAUGAAUAUUCGUACAUCGACAUGGACUUCGCCUUAUUCAAACCAACUUUUGCAUUCAAAAUUCUGUUAACUUUACUCCUAACGCAAUGCAGUCUUGCACACAACUUAACAUUUCUUGGGCGCUACCAAACCACAAACUUUUCUGCCACCGAUUACUACGCGAGUGGGAUAUCAACCGUUUGGGGUACGGCGCUGCAGGAUUGCGCUAUUUUGUUCCCCCUUCGAAAUGUUUCCCUCCUCACGAUUGAGACGGCAGAGGAAAGCGAUUUCAUUUCCGGCUGGCUGGCAGAUCAUCCCAAUUGCUGGCAAGUAUUGGACCAGUGGUGCUGCUGACGGGUUAGGUGGAUGGAGAUGGACGGGAAACUUGGAAGCGAAUUUUGAUGAUUUUACAAAAUGGGGGGUAGGUCAGCCGGAUUCUGAUAUGGUCAAGCAAAGGGUAGCGUUAAAUUUUCAAAGCCUGGCUGCAGUAUUCUGGGAGAGUGAAGAUGACACGAUGUCAAUGCGGUAUAUUUGUGAGGUCGAAGACUCUGGUACUCCCACAAGUCCACAACCCACAGUUACAACCACUACACCUACGACCACUACACCCACAACCACACCACCCCCUGUGAAUGAAUGCAACGCCCGGAAAGCGCUCUUUAUCGUACUCGAAUCAUCAUCACACGUAGGCUCUGCUAAUUUCCAACUUGGCAAACAAUUUGCAGCAGAUUUAUCUCGAGCGUUCACCGGUUUGUCCACCAGCAAGCUUGGCUUCCUUACGUAUGCUCUUAUCUAUCACGUGAGAGUGCACUUGCACAAUUCUGACAGUCCCGAAGAAAUUGUGAGCGACAUUUUAUCCGCCGCGUACGAAGGUCAUUCCACUCGAAAUACUGCGGAGGGCAUGUUAGCAGCUAAACUACAAUUGGAAACGUAUUCCAGUGGAAACCCGAUGCACAUGGUGGUUCUUACGAAUGGCGUCUCUGCUUCCCCAUCAACAACGAAGCACAUUGCAGACCUCGCUAAUUUAGUUGGGAUACGAACUUACGCCAUCGGUGUUUCUAUGCCUGAUUCUGCAGACCAAGAACUUCUCAAUAUUGCUGGCCAAUACUCGGAUCGUGUCUUUAAAACGGAUUGGGCAAGGCUUGAUACCAUUUUGGGGAGUGUUGUAAACAAAGUUUGCAAUAGUUAGGUGGAUUUGUCGUAUCUUUAGUAAAGUGUGGUUUAUGCGUAUGUGAAUAAAUCUUUCAAAAUUA